GUUGAAUAUUUUAUGUUACUAAGAAAGUUAAUAAAAAUAUAUUUCAGAAUUUUUCACCAUUGACAUGUCUUGAUCAAAAAUUUAAACAAAACACAACUCUUCAAAAACUAUGAAUACGUGUGGCCGAUGUUCAAACUAACGUAAUCUAUUUUAUCAAUACCUAUCCAUUUUAAUCUUUUUUUUAUGCACACCUUACAUACCUACCUUAGAAUGUAUAUCUUCAUCUUUAUUACAUAGGUACCUGCCAUUGUGAUAAUUGUCUACAUAAUAAGUACCGAACACUAAAAACAGUAUGUCAUUGUCGUACCGCCUUUGAAAUAACGUUAGCACUAGGCCACUAUUCAUACGACCAAACAUAUUUCUGUAUUUCUGUGCAUUGAGUUUUAAAAACAACAAAUAUUACGCACGUUACUUACCUACCUAUCUAUGUUUAUUUGUUGUACUUAUACGAUUGUCAAUUACUGCAUUUUAUUGUACCGCAAGUUAAAUACUUAUUAGCAAGUACGAUUGAUGUCUACAAAUUCAAUCGUUUACCGAACAUUAUUUACUCAGUAGGUAUUAGGUUCGUGAAAAUUGUACUUAAUCAUUUAUCUUAUAUACUAGGUAUAUUAUAAACGGGUUGGUACCCUUUGGUAAUAUUGAUUAUAUCUAAUUAUUAUUUUACCUCCGCGUUUGGAGGAAUAAAUCAGUGUGUAAUCUUCCUCCGUGGCCAUUUGGAACAACAACGCUACAUAUUUUAGUGAGUAUGUAAGUGAUAACACAUACCUAUGAUAAUUAUUAUUUUUUGUUUUUAUUUCUGUACGGCGUAUGCAAUAUUGUUCUAAUGUCAUUUUGACCUAAUGCAAACCGUUCAAUAUUGAAUAUUUUAAUUGAUGAGAGUUUGGUCAACUGCGUUUUAUUUAUCUACAUCAAGUUAAACGUGCGCUGCAAAAAUUGAGGGAGAUUGGCGAAAACGUAAUUUGCAAUACUAAUCCUAACUGCUUAUAGUAGGUGGUGUAUAUAUGUACGAAAUGGAAGAUCUGCCAAGCUCAAGCAGUUGUUCAUUGGAUUCAAGUAACACAUCUAAGUCCAUAGUUAUUCCGGUGGGUCCACAGUCACCUUAUUCUGGUGAUUUUGGUGAAUAUUUUUCUGAACAGUACUCUGUUUUAAAGUUGGUUCUUUCUUAUCUAAACUAUUAUGAUCUUAAUACUCUUCGAGAAGUCAACACUUCAUUAAAAAUAGCUACUGAUAUACUGUUAAAAAAACGUACAUGGAUUCAAGCUGCUUCUCUAAAUUAUAUGCAUGGAACUGAUCAUCGACCAGAGCCCAUACACAGUGGACAUUUUAUUGAUUUAAGAAUUGAACCAAAAGUAUUGUUUACUUUUGAAGGUAUGGCUGGUGGACCUUCCUCUAGAUCCAGACCGAAAAUUUGUAUGCGUUUACGAGAUAGAAACGAUAACCGUUUCUUUCCCAGAAGUGACAUAGUGCCAAAAUCAGUUAAAACAUUUGUACCAAUUGGUGCUAAAGGUAUUAUUUAUCCAGACAAAAAUGAAAAAAAUGAAUUGAUAUCUGUUCAGACUAUGAUGCAUAAAAAGCUAGCACUUCUCUAUUUGCCUACAACUGUCAGUUAUGAUGUAAGUGUAUUUACACGCGUAGUUACAUCCGAUUCAUUUACACAAGAACCAAUACGUGAAUUUUUUUAUAGUGAUCCACGCCCUAUAAAAGGAAUAAUAUUUUUGAAAGUUGGUGCACCACAUAUUGAUGGAAUGAUAAGGUUUAUUGUGAAAAUGGUAUCUAACAAUCAGUCUGAACCAUUUGCAUUGUCUGGUGGACACGUGUCAAGCUUAGAUUAUGAUAAUCCACCAAAAAAAAAUAUUCCUGGUGUUUUGAAGGCAAUCAUAUUUCGUGGAGAUGGUAUACGUUGUGUGUCAGAUUUCAUUGGUUCUACUACAGAUGAUGGAGUACUAGAAGGAUUAAAACACACUGCACUGUAUGUUAACAAGACUUUUGGGAAAUUGAACAUUCAUAAGACAUUCAUAAUGAUGUUUCAGUGUGUAGAUAGACAUUCAUUACCUAUUGAAGAUAAUGCUCAUAUAGCAAAAACAUUUCCAAAUAUACCAAUUUUUGGUAUGCAAACUUGGGGUGAAAUUGGAUUUAGGUCUUUUAAAACAAAUGAAUUUAAAUUUGCUCCUAAAAAAAGAAAGUUAUCUAUAAUGCAUUCAGUUAAAACCACAUACAUGAUUGUUUCUAUAGAUUAACAAUAAUAUCUAAUAAUAAUUUUACUUGAAUUAUUUUAAAGUAUUUUAAUA